UACUCUAACAUCACUACCAUUACAUAGAUAAAUAUUUUAUUUGCUUGCUUUUAAGCUAGCCUGAUAACCGUUAGGAUGUUCUUUUAUUGUGAGCGAUUAUUCCUAUGAGGAGUUUUGGUUUGAGCAGGUGUUGUGCCAAAUCCGAGGUGUCACUGCCCCAUCUGUGGAUGGGAGAUAGUUGCACACAACCGCUGUGACACAAAGCAGCUCACCAGUAGGGCAAUGACUCCUUUCUUACAGGCCACGAUCCGGAGUGCGCCUCUACAUCCGUGCUUAUUGCAGGAUUCCCUGUUACAAUUGUCCUCAGGGGGUGCUGAGCUUUUUCAGGGCAUUGAGAGAUCUUUUUAGUCACCAGGAGUGUUCUUCUGCUUGUUGGAGUCCCUGUUGCCACCUUGCAUGCCUCCAUCACGUCUAUGAUGCGACCACAGGAAAAGGAAGAGGGGGUCUCCUUCCACAGAGUCGUCCUUCCUCUUGUAAAGUGAGGGUGAGGCAUUCUACAGCCGUAUCUCCUCAUACCAGUAAAAAAUUGAGUAUUUGAUAUUUGUGAUCUGAAGACAAAAGUUCACGCUAGAUCGUUUAGAGCAUUAGCAAUAUAUAUCCAUUACUUUAGCAAGUACUAGACAUGGGUAUUUUCUUGUUUAUGAAAUUUUCAUUGUCUAAAUGAUCUUGUGGUAACAAGUGUUCUGAUAUUUUAUUUUUCAACUUUCUCCAUAGAUAAUACGACAUAAGCAUUCAGAGAAGCAUUUUUUUCUUUAAAUACCAAUUCUUUAGUUAUUUACUUAAACCGUUAUAAAAGCAGUUAUCUUACUACUUUCAACACCCUACACAAAGGAAAGAUCACCGGAUAUGUCCUUCAACCUGCUUGCCAUCCUUGCACUCAGCGCCUUCGUCGGACAGGUUUCUGCCAAAAAGGAUGAGUUCCCAUUAGUAUGGGUCUGCCUCGGCAUCACGGUAGUCGGUAUCAUCAUUGCUCUUUAUGUUGCGUACCGCCGCCCGGAUGAACUUCACUUGCCCGGCAUGAUGGACUUGCCCAGGAAGGGGCAUGAAUCCUCUAAUGGGAACUACCAACCUCAGCAGAUGGAAAAUGAAAGAGUUUAA